GUCUCCAGCGCGCAUCCCGGGUUUCUGGUUCACCCUCCCACCUCCCAUCAUCCAGGGGCCAGUUCGUCCAGUUCAAGUCUGAAACCUCAUCAUGACCUCGGCGAGAGCAGCAGCGAGGAUGUCUCCACCAGGAACAGAUUCAUAACGCCAACUUGAAAAGACAAUCCCAUGGGCCAUAGCAGAAGGCCGCCGGCAGAGUGGAGAUGUUCAGAAAGAGGCCUCCUCCAGAGGAGGAGAGAAGGGUCAGAGCCAAUGACAGAGAUUACAAUGAAAAGUUUCAGUACGCGAGUAACUGCAUUAUGACAUCCAAGUACAACAUCAUCACCUUCCUGCCGGUCAACUUGUUUGAGCAGUUCCAGGAAGUAGCCAACACCUACUUCCUUUUCCUACUCAUACUGCAGUUAAUACCUCAGAUCUCCUCCCUCUCCUGGUUCACCACCAUCGUGCCUUUAGCUCUGGUGCUGAGCAUCACUGCAGUAAAGGAUGCCACAGACGACUAUUUUCGUCACAAGAGCGACAACCAAGUGAACAACCGCCAGUCUCAGGUCCUCAUCCGUGGCUCGCUACAGAAUGAAAAGUGGAUGAAUGUUCGAGUGGGUGAUAUCAUUAAACUGGAAAACAACCAGUUUGUGGCAGCUGACCUGCUCCUGUUGUCCAGCAGCGAACCUCAUGGGCUCUGUUACAUUGAGACAGCCGAGCUGGACGGAGAGACCAAUAUGAAGGUGCGUCAGUCUGUCUCAGUGACAUCUGAACUUGGAGACCAGAACAACUUGGCUUCGUUCGACGGGGAGGUGGUGUGUGAGCCCCCCAACAACAAGCUGGAUCGUUUCUGCGGGACUCUGUACUGGCGAGACAAAAAAUACACCCUGACCAACCAGAAUAUGCUGCUACGAGGAUGUGUCCUCCGCAACACGGAGGCCUGCUACGGCCUGGUCAUCUUCGCAGGCCCAGAUACUAAACUAAUGCAGAACAGCGGCCGCACUAAGUUUAAGCGUACGAGUAUCGACCGCCUGAUGAACACUCUGGUCCUCUGGAUCUUUGGCUUCCUGGUGUGUAUGGGUGUGAUCCUGGCGGUGGGUAACGCAGUGUGGGAGAGAGAGGUGGGCUCCCUGUUUCAGAGCUAUCUGCCCUGGGACCCUCCUGUAGAUAACUUCCUAUUCUCAGCCUUCCUCUCCUUCUGGUCCUACGUCAUUAUUCUCAACACCGUGGUGCCUAUCUCUCUGUAUGUCAGUGUGGAGGUGAUCAGGCUGGGUCACAGCUACUUCAUCAACUGGGACCAGCAGAUGUUCUGCUCGCAGUGUAACACAGCAGCUGAGGCCAGGACCACCACUCUGAACGAAGAGCUGGGCCAGGUUGAAUACAUCUUCAGUGACAAGACUGGAACCCUCACUCAGAACAUCAUGAGCUUCAAUAAGUGCUCCAUCAAUGGACAGACGUACGGUGAAUUGACUGACCCGUUGGGACCUCAGCCGAAGAGAUUGGACUUCACUCCCUUCAACCCCCUCGCGGACCCAAACUUCUGUUUUUAUGACGACACCCUGCUGGAAUCAGUGAAAGUGGGAGACUCACAUACUCACGAGUUUUUCCGCCUGCUCUCCCUCUGUCACACCGUCAUGAGUGAGGAGAAGAGUGAGGGAGAGCUGGUUUAUAAGGCUCAGUCUCCAGAUGAGGGCGCUCUAGUGACAGCAGCUCGGAACUUCGGCUUUGUAUUUCGCUCCCGAACACCUGGGACGAUAACCACCACAGAGAUAGGACGACCUGUCACCUACACUCUGCUUGCAAUCCUGGACUUCAACAACAUACGCAAACGGAUGUCUGUUAUAGUGCGUAACCCAGAGGGCAGGAUCCGUCUGUACUGUAAAGGAGCUGACACCGUGCUGCUGGAGAGACUUCACCCCUGUAACCAGGAACUGAUGAAUAUCACCUCAGACCACCUCAAUGAGUAUGCAGCAGACGGUUUGCGGACGCUGGCGCUGGCCUACAGGGACUUGUCAGAGGACGAGUGGGAGGCGUGGUCAGAGAGCCACCGAUGCGCCGACAAAGCCACCAACUGCAGAGAGGACCGACUGGCAGCCGCUUAUGAGGAGAUAGAACAAGACAUGAUGCUCCUGGGUGCCACAGCUAUAGAGGACAAGCUGCAGGAAGGCGUCCCAGAGACCAUUGCUGUCCUCUCACUGGCUAAUAUUAAAAUCUGGGUUCUCACUGGAGACAAGCAGGAGACGGCUGUAAAUAUAGGUUACUCCUGCAAGAUGCUGACAGACAAUAUGACAGAAGUGUUCAUCAUCAGAGGACACACUGUGCAGAGCGUACGACAGGAUUUCAGGAGGGCUAGGGAAAAGAUGAUCGAGCUGUCACGAACCAGAGAUGGAGGGAAGGAGGAGGGGAUAGAGGGAUGGGGAGAGUCAUGCUUCAUGGGUAAUGGGUUCAGAGAAGGACAAGAAGGAGAUGGUACAGGGGGAGAAGGAGGGAAACAGCUGCAGUGCCCUCCUCCACCUCCCUCCAACCUCAUGGACAACAUCUCUGGAGAGUUUGCCCUCGUAAUCAACGGUCACAGUCUGGCCCAUGCAUUAGAAGCAGACAUGGAGAUGGAGUUUGUGUCGACGGCGUGUGCGUGCAAAGCAGUGAUUUGCUGCAGAGUCACUCCGCUGCAAAAAGCUCAGGUGGUGGAGCUUAUCAAGAAACACAAGAAGGCCGUCACUCUGGCUAUAGGAGACGGAGCUAACGACGUUAGCAUGAUCAAAAGUGCUCAUAUUGGAGUUGGUAUCUCAGGUCAGGAGGGGAUCCAGGCCGUCCUGGCCAGUGACUAUUCCUUCUCCCAGUUCCGCUUCCUACAGCGCCUCCUGCUGGUGCACGGCCGCUGGUCAUACCUGCGCAUGUGCCGUUUCCUCUGCUACUUCUUCUACAAGAACUUUGCCUUCACCAUGGUGCACUUCUGGUUCGGCUUCUUCUGUGGCUUCUCUGCACAGACGGUGUAUGAUCAGUACUUCAUCACUCUCUACAACAUUGUCUACACGUCCCUCCCUGUGCUGGCCAUGGGGAUAUUCGACCAGGAUGUUCCUGACCAGAGGAGUUUGGAAUAUCCUAAACUGUAUGAGCCUGGACAGCUCAACCUCCUCUUCAACAAGAGAGAGUUCUUCAUUUGCAUCGCCCAGGGCAUCUACACAUCAGUGGUGCUGUUUUUUGUCCCCUGUGCCGUCCUGUCCGACGCCACACAGAGCACCGGAGUGCCCCUUGCUGACUACCAGACCUUUGCGGUCACCACGGCAACAGCCCUGGUCAUUGUUGUCAGCGUACAGAUCGCUCUUGACACAGGCUUCUGGACAGUUUUCAACCAUGUGUUUGUGUGGGGCUCUCUGGGCUCCUACUUCACCAUCAUGUUCGCUCUGCACAGUCAGACCCUCUUCAAGAUCUUUCCCAAUCAGUUCCACUUUGUAGGUAGUGCUCAGAGCACAUUAUUGCAACCAGUUGUGUGGUUAACUAUUGCACUGGCAACAGCAAUCUGCAUAGUUCCAGUUUUGGCAUUCCGCUUCCUUAAGGUGGAUCUCAAACCUCAGCUCUCAGACACGGUACGCUACACUCAGCUGGUGCGGCAGAAGAAGCGAAAGCCAGUAGGUCGUAGCGUGGGAGGUGCCUGGCGUGGCGUGGGCAGUGUGACUGAGGGCCGUCUGGGCGCACGCGGUGGUUCCAGGAGGUCAGGCUACGCCUUUGCCCAUCAGGAAGGAUUUGGAGAGCUGAUCACCUCAGGGAAGAACAUGAGGCUCUCGUCCCUGGCCCUGGCCACCUUUGCCUCCAGACACAGCUCCAGCUGGAUCGACACGCUCCGCCGGAAGAAGCAUACACACACUCACACUCCCCCCAGUGCCUCCGGGGAGUGCAGCCCAGCGCCCAGUUAUGUUUCUGGGUCAGUUCCGCCGCUCUCCAACUCCUCCUCUGUUCUGGGCGGCUCACAAGACACACCCAUCGAAGAGGAAACAGGCACAGCACCAGCCCAAAAUACACAGACUUCAUCCACACCAACCCUACCAGCUUUAGCACCAGCUUCAGACACAUCUGCACCUCAGGGUUCAGCCCAGGCACUCAAUGCUGGUGUCCUCACCCCCACAUCAGUGAGGUCCCAGGGGGGAGACUCACCUGGAGGCUGGACAAUCACUCUGGGGACUGUGCAGGAAGCUCUGUUUGGUCGGAAGUCUCGUGCCGCUGCAUCCAACAGCCCAGGCCCACCCUCUGUUGCCAAGGAAACCAGCCAGAUUGAGUGAAACAUUAAGAAUAAAUGGGGGAAUAACUUCUGUUCAUCACGUGUUUGUACACACAUACAGGAUGUGUUGUGUGCAGCUCCAGAGAGCACACAGACAGUUAGAAAAAUGCUCUUCUCUCUGUUUCCCAACUGAAACCUCUAUAAUAAAUCAAAAUAAACAUAGGAAGAAGAAGUGGCACAUCCCAACAUGACAUGGACCUUGCCAACUAUAAAUUGGGAUUUAGUGGUGACAUGUUCCCAUGGCAUAUGAUAUUGAGUUCAUGAAUGACUGACAGAACAUAUUACGAGACUGACAGCAGCAGCUGGUGCAGAAACAGACAUCAAGAUAAUGUACUGUUAAUGAUCUAAAAGAUUGUUUCAACUUGUUAUUUCAGAAAGUUUAGGCUCACUCACAACCAAGUCUCACAGCAUCUCUCAAAAUCAACAAUGGGCUGAAUGAAAGGGCAGAAUAUUAUUAUCUGUUAAAGUGUUUUUGUCAAAAAGUCUCUGUGUUCACUAUAGUUCUCAGUGAGAACGGUACUUUAAGUUACAGAGCACUGCAAGACUGUUGCAAAACUUGUGUCCUUUUUCUCUCAUUGAUCUGUUUUCUUACUUGUUAUACCUCUACUUCACAUUUUGCUCUCUUUUUUGCAUCAUAUUGAUGUGUUUUAUAAUGGCCUAGUUGAGUUGCACCUUAAAGCAAGCUCUCAGUGCUUUUUUUGUUUUGUCUGACAAUGUACUUCUAAUGUAAUGUCUCGUACCACCACAGUAUGAAAAACAAACACAAGACAAACUGCCGCUGGCUUACUCCAACCGGGGCAAAGUGCAAAGAAACUGUGUUUGGGGAUAAUCAUGCCUUAACAAUGCCAACAUUUUAGUCCUCUAAGCUCUUUCUGGUUCCUGAUCCAUCGAUCAAGUGCAACAUCCCAUCUGUGUUGUAAAUGCUCCUGUCAAUUACUGACCCCUGACCUGGAUUGGAGUGAGAUAAUAAAUAAGUAGGGUAAUCAGAAAAAACAAUAUAAAUCUGUUAUUGGAUCUGUGCCUGUACUACAGUCUUCAACAAAGCAGCUCUCAGACUGAAAACACAACAGAAUGCUAACGUGAUCUGCAAAAACCAGGCUGGAAACUGAAUGUACUGUGCAGUAUUUGGCCCCAUGAAUUGUUAGAGCAUUAGUUGCACUCCAUGGGGUGCAAUAUGGAGCUGUUGAACAGUGGUCAAUAAAUGUGUUGUCUGUCUUUC